AUGGGCUGUAGACAUUCAUCAUCACCACCAGAAUCACCAAUUAAAUUAGUACAAAAUGGUGGUCCAGUUAUAUUAAAAAGUAAAAUAUCAAUACAGCGUACACAAGUUAUUGAUCAACGAAUAUCAAAUGGUAUGAAAACAUCUAGAUUAUCAAUAUCUUCAAAAAAAAUAUGUCGUUCAUUAUCUCGUUUAACAGUAUCAUUUGCAGCAUUAUCUCUCGAACAAACACUUGAUGGUCAUGGUAAACAUUUAAUUAAACGAUUUGAACUUGAUACACCUUGUCUUCUACUUGAUGUUUCACGAACGCAUACUCUAUUAGUUGAUGGUAGAAAACUUCGUCUAAUUAAUAUGGAAACAAUGAAUAUUGAAACAAAUAUUCUACCAAUUGAUUGUAAAGAUAUUCAAGAAAUAGCUUGGUCAUCAAAACUUAAUACAUUUCUUCUUCUUACAACUGAUCAAUUAUAUCAAACUAGUUGUAAACAUUUACAUCCAAUACCUAUUCAUCAAAUUCAGUUCAUUGCUGAAGGUCCUCGAAAAUCAUACAUGGCCGUAGAUGGAGAUGAUUUACUUAUAAAUCGUUCAUUUGGAUAUGAUAUUCGUCGUUAUUCUCUUACAAAUUUUAAUCUUGUUCAAUCACCUCGUGCAUAUAGAGAAAGUGAAAAUAUUUGUGUAACAACUAUUCGAUUAAAUUCAAAUAAAAUUUUAGCUCUUGCUAUUUCUAUUUCUAAACAACAAAUGAUUGAUUUAGUUAAUUUAAAUACUGAUCAACUUAUACAUCGAAUUAAUUUUAAUACAGGUGAAAAUAUUUUAUAUCCUAUUGAUUUACAUAAUCAUGGACAAUGGUUUGUUAAAACAUGUACACCUUAUGUUAAUAUUGGUCAUUGUUUAAUAUCAUUAAAUGGACAAAUUACAAGACUUACACUUUUUCCUAAUCAAGAUAAUUUUAUACGUUCUCUUUGUACAAGUCCUGAUUAUCGAUGGUUACUUGUUGGUCGACAACAUGCACUUGAAUUGUAUCAACUUUAA